AUGGCGCCAAUCAUCCAAAGCACUCAACCAUGGGUCGAGAAAUAUCGCCCAAAGCAAGUGAAAGACGUUGCUCACCAAGACGAAGUAGUUCGAGUUCUCACCAACACCCUCGAAACCGGAAGUUGCCCCCACAUGCUCUUCUACGGUCCUCCCGGCACCGGAAAAACCACCACCGCCCUCGCCAUCGCUCACCAGCUUUUCGGGCCCGAGCUUUAUAAAUCUAGGGUUUUGGAACUGAAUGCUAGCGAUGAUCGUGGUAUUAAUGUUGUUCGGACUAAGAUCAAGGAUUUUGCAGCCGUGGCUGUCGGUACUAAUCAGAGAAAGAAUGGUUAUCCUUGUCCGCCUUAUAAGAUAAUUGUUCUCGAUGAGGCAGAUUCAAUGACAGAAGAUGCUCAGAAUGCACUGAGGCGUACAAUGGAAACUUACUCUAAAGUUACAAGGUUCUUUUUUAUAUGCAACUACAUUAGCAGGAUUAUAGAACCACUUGCUUCUAGGUGUGCCAAAUUCAGGUUCAAGCCACUGACAGAAGAAAUCAUGAGCAAUCGAAUAUUAUACAUAUGCAAAGAAGAAGGAAUCUACCUUGACGCUGAGGGUCUUUCAACCCUAAGUACUAUUUCUCAAGGAGAUCUUCGUCGGGCUAUAACAUACUUGCAGUCUGCUGCUCGCUUAUUUGGAUCUUCCAUCUCUUCGAAGGACCUGAUUUCUGUGUCUGGGAUUGUUCCAGCAGAGGUUGUUGAGGCAUUUCUUAAAGCAUGCAAAAGUGGUAAUUUUGAUUUAGCCAACAAGGAAGUCAACAAUUUCAUUGCAGAGGGGUAUCCUGUCUCUCAGAUGCUAACUCAGUUGUUUGAGGCUAUUGUUGAAGAAAAUGACAUAUCUGAUGAACAGAAGGCCAGAAUAUCCAAGAAGCUGGGUGAAGCAGAUAAGUGCCUAGUUGAUGGUGCUGAUGAAUACCUGCAGCUUCUUGGUGUUGUCAGCGUUACAAUACAGGCUUUAUGUAACAUGCCAGAAGGAUUUGCUUAUGAGGGUUAA